UAAAGUACGUAACAGGUCGGACGGCAGGACAGACGGGUCCGGUUUGGGGAAAACAGGCCAACAUGGCGAAGAUCAUCUUUUACGAAGACAAGGACUUCUCCGGCGCCUGUUUCCAGUGCGGCCACGACUGCGUGGACUUGACGCCCUUCCUGUCUCGAUGUGGCUCCAUUAGGGUGGAGGCCGGAUGCUUCAUGAUCUACGACAGAGACCACUACGGCGGCAACCAGUGCUACCUGAAGAGGGGCGACUACCCGGAUCGCCAACACUGGACCGGUCUGGGCGAGACGGUGGGGUCCUGCCGCGUCAUCCCGAUGGAGCGUGGGACCUUCAACAUGCGCCUGUUCGAGCGCAUCGAGUUCGGAGGUGAGAUGAUGGACCUGGCGGAUGACUGUCCCAGCGUCAUGGAGCGCUUCCAGAAGCAGGACAUUUUCUCCUGCACCGUAACUGACGGCAACUGGCUCUUCUACGAGCAGCCCAACUACCUGGGUAGGAUGUACCUGAUCAGACCCGGGAAGUACAAAAGGUUCAGCGAGUGGGGGAGCAGGAGCGCCCGAGUGGGAUCGGUCAGACGCAUCACAGACUAUUGAUCGCUGAAAGACUGGACUGAUCCCGGGGUAUCAUUUUUGGGCCAUGUCGGUACUGUAAUAGACAAAAGGAAGCAUAGGGUAUAUAGUAGUGAUAUUCCAAAUAAAAUGUGUCAGAUGAUCAACUAUAGCGCCGAUGUUUAAUGAUCAGAAUGGUGGGCUUUCCAAGUGACAUGGACAUAAUACAGAAAGUGCAAUGAAAACAAUGCAAACGAAUCCUGAUACCAGGUUCGGUAGAGCACGGCUGCAAAUAAAGCCUGCGUUUGUGUGAGUGAACACAACACAACUAAUCACACAUGGAGGGCAGUCAACAGCAUACCCAGACUAGGCCAUUUGUUUAUUUUUUUAUUGAUUUAUGCUUGCGCACACAAAUGUAGUCGCACGUGAGCGAGUGCGCUGUGGGUUUGACUUUUGAAUCAUUGUGAGUCUAUGUAUUUUAUUUCUAUGAAUGUGUCGGU